UGGGAGACAGAUCAGGGCCGACGAGAUGGAUAUAGGGACGACAGAUACGAGAGAUCGGACCGAGAUGGAUAUAGGGACGACAAAUAUGAGAGAUCGGACCGAGAUGGAUAUAGGGACGACAGAUACGAGAGAUCGGACCGAGACGGAUAUAGGGACGACAGAUACGAGAGAUCGGACCGAGAUGGAUAUAGGGACGACAGAUACGAGAGAUCGGACCGAGACGGAUAUAGGGACGACAGAUACGAGAGGUCGGGUCGAGAUGGCUACAGAGGUGGUAGGUAUGAAAGAGGAGAUCGGGACUGGGAACGACGAGAUGGGUCGCGCGGACGGUUUGAGCGCGGGGGAGAUGCGAGAGAGCAGCGCGACGAGUCGCGCGGGUGGUACAACCGAGGGGAUCGACGCGAUGAGUCACGAGGGCGAUAUGACUCGGGGGACCGCCGGAAUGAUUCGCGAGGGCGGUAUGAGCAAGGAGGGUCUGGAGGACACCGCCGCAACGAUUCGCGCAGUCGGAAUGAGAGAGGGGGAUAUGGCGUCUCAUCAGAACCAUACCCACAAGGCAGCCAGGAGUUCGAUCUCUAGAAGCGCAGACGACAGACCAUCUACUCCCAGGAACUCAUGCGUCUACUGUAGAGGAGAAGAUCAUAUCAAGAGGGAUUGCCCGGACCUCAAACGGGCAAUAGAUGAGGGACUUGUCGUGCUUGACGACCGCAAGUACGUCAAGUGGGCAGAUGGUCUGGGAGAUGUAUCAAUGUUCCCUUCGAUGAAGGAGAAUGUCGAAGCAAGGAGAGUAAAGCCGUGUAAAGAAAAGGAGCCGGUCAGGAGCUAGAGCAUCAAGAUAACCUUUGAGGGGGAUAUGACGACCACACCCAUAAGGGUGGCAGCCACCAAG